UAUCAGUCGUUGUCGCACAUGAGCAGCAACACAAGUAGGCCUAUUACCUCACUCCUCAUCCGGGGAGUUUAUCCACAACUUGCCCGGAGCCUGCGUGUCCUGGUGUUAAAUGUUUACUUUGAUUUGUGCCUGGGUUUGCUAACUGACUGGCUGAUCUGUGAUGGAGUUUAUUCCCCGAAACAACCCCCGAAAUCAGAGAGAACAGUUAAAGAAAAGCGGCGUUCAGCUCAGGCUUGCCUAUUGACGCUCCUGUCGCCGAUUCUGUGCGUAAAAACAGCUAUGGCUGGACCCAGGCCUGUGGUGCUCAGCGGCCCAUCAGGGGCAGGGAAGAGCACGCUGCUGAAGAGACUCAUGAAAGAAUAUGACGGUGUCUUCGGCUUCAGUGUUUCCCAUACAACAAGGAACCCCCGACCUGGUGAAGAGAACGGCAAAGAUUAUCAUUAUGUAACAAGGGAAGUGAUGCAGGCCGGGAUUGACAAAGGGGAUUUCAUAGAGAACGCUGAGUUUUCAGGCAACAUGUAUGGGACUAGUAAAGCUGCUGUGCAGGACGUCCAGGCCAAGAACCUCAUCUGCAUACUGGACAUUGACAUGCAGGGUGUGAAGAACAUCAAAAGGACAGACCUCAAUCCCAUCUACGUCUCCAUCCAGCCGCCAUCCAUGGCAGUUUUGGAAAAACGUUUAAGGGACAGAAAAACAGAGUCAGAGGAGAGCCUCCAGCGGCGUUUACGUGCAGCCAAGGUGGACAUGGAGAUUAGUAAAGAACCUGGCUUAUUUGAUGUGGUAAUUGUCAAUGAUAAUUUGGACCUUGCCUAUGGGCAGUUAAGAGAUUGUCUUGUUGAGGAAAUUAACAAAAUCAAGAGAACCAACAUGUCUUCAUAGGGGACGAGGAUCCUGAUACCCCUUUGUCCCGUCCAGCCACUCCUUACAGAACGCCAGACCUCCAUUUCCAGUCCUGAACAUUCCUUCAGACGGCGGUCUGUGACGUUCAGACAACAUCCUCCCUUAGCAACACACAUGAAUAAAUGUUUUACAUGUUUAGAGGUAGUUAUUACGUAACGAUAACAUACUGUAAAUGAAAGUGAAGCUCUUUUUUUUUUUUUUUUUUUUUUUUUACUGUAUUUUCUGUCUGUAAUAAGAGUGGUUUUUAUUUUGAUCUGCUUGACAGAGAAAGAUAUUACAUUAAUGGUUACUUUCUGUAUGACUAAACUUUAAUGUGUUCUUCUUUGGUCCUUGUAAAGAAGGAGGGUUUGCUGAACACUGAUGUUGCUUGCAGCUUUGUAUCGUAGUUCCUCUGUGUGCUCUCCACCGUGGGUUAAUCUGUCAAGUUCAUCAGAUUCCCGCUCUCUUUUCCAUUGAGUGGACAAACUGGUCUUUCAAGAAGCCUGUGAAGGGAGUUGUGGUCUGUGGCCACUCAUGCUGAAUCGAUUCCCACGUGAACCGUACAGCUUUUAUUUGCCAGAUGGCCAUUUUUUCUAGUCAUGAUCUGAAAUGUAGUGGUGACGGAAAAACAGAAGCAUCUGAUGUCCCCUUUCUGUUUUCUUGCACAACUCCAAACCAAUAGAUGUAUUUUGGGAGUGGGGCAGGCAGCUAAAUGACCACAACAUUAACACUCAGGUUCUUGCACACACACACACACACUCACACACACACACACACUUGCUGUUAUCUGUCCUCAGUCGCCUGUUGUUGACGACUACAGAUCUCAAACACCAGUGUGGCAACUGAUCUCUGCGACUUGGCUGCUGGUUGCUUCAUAGCGACACAUACCAGUCAGCUUUACUGUGGAAACGGGACUAUUCUAAUAUUAUUAAUGGCUUUGUUUUACAGACCUUGCUAGUGAACUGUCACCUGAUGUGUAACUCCACUCGUUUGGUCACAGACCAGUGCAGCAUAAUGACAGUAAUUACUGUUGUGCUAUAAUAGGAUUAUAUCUCAUCACAUAAAGAGAUGUCACUUGAUAUAUUUAAAUUCAAUACAACCAUUAACUUCUUCUUUUAUUUAAGAAUUUACACACUGUACAUGACAGAUGCUGGUUUGGCUUUUUUUCUUGGACACCAUAAUUGAACAAUUUAGAAGUGUUACUCCAGGUGAUGUUUAUUAUUUUAUAGUUGUAAAUUUCUAACUUUUAUAUUGUGUAACUUUAGCGUUGCGGUUUGACCUAUACACUAAGAUAAGUUUUAGAACAGCAGGUACAGUUACACAAUGGAAUUACAAAUUUUUCCUUGUAUAGCUGAGAAUUAAGCACAGACGACCUCCACUUUUACUUGAAAACUGAUGUAAAAUCUAUGAUCCUUACCAGCUAUUUGUAAUUUGGUAUGUUAUUUGUUUUACUUUAUUUUUGAAACAUACCAAAAUGAAGUCACCUUUUAAUUUAGAGCAUCUCCAUUGGUAUAUAUUGCCCAGACAGCUGUUUUGUCAACUUUUAAAACCCAUUCCUUUGCAGAUAAUUUUGUGAUUCUGUUACAAUAGCUUUUUUUUUCUUUUUUUUUAUAAUAUUGUUUAAAAUGCCCUAAGCACUAAUUGUGAAAAUAUUACACCAUGCUCUGUGAGAUGCAUGCAGUUCUCUAGUCAGCUGUUUUGCAAUGUACCCCUUUACCAUCGUGUGCUUCCCGUGGGAAAAUGUAUGUCAAAAUGUAUUGCAAGUGCAUUAAAAGCCAAGUAGUAAGACUGCUCUGCUCGUUCACCCCUCUGUUGUACAACGCUGUUAUGUUAAAUCCGUAAGAAUGUGAGAAGCAUCUUAGAAAAAUUGAAUUGUUAUGUGUUGCUUUAAGAAGGAAGUCCAGAAGAAACACAUCAUAUUGACUAACUGCAGUUAAUUUAUUUCAUUCAGAUUCACCACUGGGUACCCAAACAUGUCUCUCCAAGAGCUAAACAUGUACAGUAAAGGCAAUUACAACCAAUUAGUGCUGUAACAUUGAAAUACACAAAAUUAUCCAUGUAACUGAAUAAAAGACAAUUCAACAAAACA